UCGCAUAAAUAAGAUUAGUGAUCUCAUAUCUGCCGUUGAUACGCGAGAUCUCGCCACGUCCCUGACAGAUAUAUUUCAGAAAUUUAGCGUGAAAGGCUUAACUUUACUUGUCAUUUGAUACUGCAAAGAAAAGAAGACAAGAUGGCGACAUUGGCAGAACAGCCAUGUUAUACACUGAUCAAUAUACCCACUGAUGCGGAGCCACCAACUGAGAUGCAACUUCGUACAGACCUUGAGAAGGGUGAUGUGAAGACUAAAACAGAAGCUUUAAAGAAGACGAUACAGAUGAUUCUAAAUGGAGAGAAGAUGCCAUCAUUACUUAUGACAAUUAUCCGCUUUGUGAUGCCGAUGCAGGAUCACAUGAUUAAGAAGUUGCUGCUGAUAUUCUGGGAGGUGGUACCAAAGUACACACCUGACGGGAAAAUGUUACACGAGUUCAUCCUUGUCUGUGAUGCAUACAGAAAGGACUUGCAACAUCCAAAUGAGUUUAUCCAAGGGUCCACUCUGAGAUUUCUGUGUAAACUGAAAGAACCAGAACUUCUAGAGCCCCUCAUGCCAGCUAUUAGACAAUGUUUGAAACACAGACAUUCUUAUGUGCGAAGGAAUUCAGUAUUAGCCAUAUAUACCAUUUACAGGAACUUUGACUUCCUCAUCCCUGAUGCACCAGAAUUGAUAGCUGAAUAUUUGGAGGGAGAGCAAGAUAUGUCUUGUAAAAGAAAUGCUUUUAUGAUGCUGAUACAUGCAGACCAGGAAAGAGCUUUGAAUUACCUAAGUAGCUGUAUAGAUCAAGUGACAUCAUUUGGAGACAUUCUACAACUUGUAAUUGUAGAACUUAUUUACAAGGUUUGUCAUGCCAAUCCAUCAGAGCGUGCACGUUUCAUUAGAUGUAUUUAUAAUCUGUUAAACUCAUCAAGUCCUGCUGUAAGGUAUGAGGCUGCUGGAACCCUUGUGACACUGUCUAGUGCACCCACUGCCAUCAAGGCUGCUGCAAGUUGUUACAUUGAGCUAGUUGUGAAAGAGAGUGAUAACAAUGUUAAACUGAUUGUCUUAGACAGACUUGUGGCCUUGAAAGAGGUUCCUGCCCAUGAGAAAGUCUUACAGGAACUUGUUAUGGACAUAUUGAGAGUUUUGAACUCUCCAGAUCAAGAGGUGAGAAAGAAGACAUUGAAUCUAGCUCUAGAUCUUGUGACAUCAAGGAGUGUGGAAGAGAUGGUGCUAGUGUUGAAAAAAGAAGUGGUGAAAACAAACAAUGUAGAGCACGAGGAUACAGGGAAGUACAGGCAGUUACUGGUCAGAACUCUUCAUCAACUCUCCAUCAAGUUCCCAGACAUUGCUACAACUAUCAUACCUGUGUUGAUAGAAUUCCUUGGUGACAGUAAUGAGGCAGCAGCCGCUGAUGUGCUCGUGUUUAUCCGUGAGGCGAUACACAGGUUUGAGUCUCUCAGGAGCCUUAUCAUCAGCAAACUACUGGAUGUGUUCUCUACUAUAAAGGCUAUGAAGAUACAAAGAGCUGCCUUGUGGAUUCUAGGAGAAUAUUGUACAACAUCAGAGGAUAUCCAGGGUGUAAUGACUCUAGUUAGACAAUCUCUAGGAGAGAUUCCUAUUGUUGAUGAUGAACUGAAGAAAGCUGCUGGAGAAGUAUCAGAAGAUGAUACAAUGUCUGGAGGAAAUAUACAAAGAUUAGUUACAGCAGACGGCACAUAUGCUACACAAAGUGCAUUUAGUACAGUCUCUACAAGGAAAAAGGAAGAGAAUCCUCCACUGCGUCAGUUUUUGCUGGAUGGAGAUUUUUUUGUGGGUGCUGCCCUGGCAACAUCACUUACAAAACUUGCCCUUAGAUACAUGACAAUUCAUACAGACCCUAAAAGGCAAAAUGCUUUUCUGGCUGAAUCUAUGUUCAUCAUGGCCACUGUUCUACAUCUUGGCAAGUCUGGUAUACCCACAAAGCCAAUCACUGAUGAUGAUGUAGAUCGUAUAGCGACGUGUUUACGUGUACUCUCGGAGCAGAGUGCUCUGAUGACCGAUAUAUUUAACACAGCCUCACGUAACUCUCUCUCACUAAUGCUGCAAGCCAAAAUGGCCGAGGAGAAAGAGGCUCUGCAGGCUGCUGAGAAGAAGGUGGUUAAAGUACAGGCAGAUGAUCCUAUAGCAUUUGCUCAGCUUAUCAACAAGAAUGAGCUAGGAGCUACUGAGAAUAUGUUUGAGCUGACACUGUCCCAAGCUUUAGGGAUGACAAACAAAAAGGAGAAAGAUCCAAUUGGAGCUUCUAAACUUAAUAAGGUGACACAGUUGACUGGUUUCUCAGAUCCGGUGUAUGCGGAGGCGUAUGUAAAUGUGAACCAGUUUGAUAUCGUACUUGAUGUUCUUGUUGUUAACCAGACUGCAGAUACCUUACAGAACCUAACUCUUGAACUGGCAACACUUGGAGAUUUAAAACUAGUAGAGAAGCCCCAGCCACUGACCAUGGCUCCACAUGAUUUCUGUAACAUCAAGGCUAAUGUCAAGGUGGCUUCUACAGAAAAUGGAAUAAUCUUUGGAAAUAUUGUAUAUGAUGUAACUGGGGCGGCCAGUGAUAGAAAUGUUGUUGUUCUAAAUGAUAUUCACAUUGACAUAAUGGACUACAUUGUCCCAGCGUCCUGUAAUGACUCCGAGUUCCGACAGAUGUGGGCGGAGUUUGAGUGGGAGAACAAAGUGGCUGUGAAUACCAAUAUUUCUGACCUGAGGAAAUUCCUGGAACAUGUCAUAAAGUGUACAAAUAUGAAAUGUUUAACACCAGAAAAGGCUUUACAAGGAGAUUGUGGAUUUAUGGCAGCUAACCUGUAUGCCAAGUCUAUAUUUGGAGAAGAUGUGUUAGCUAAUCUGAGCAUAGAGAAGCCAGCACACCUAUCACCUGAUACACCUGUACAGGGGCAUGUCAGAAUUAGAGCUAAGAGUCAGGGUAUGGCAUUAAGUAUGGGAGACAAAAUCAACCUGUCACAGAAAGCCAAUAAAGCUAUCCAGCCGGAACAAUAGAUAUAUGUGUAGGAUAUUAAUACGAUAUGUAUAACUAAAAUUGUGCACAGAUCAUAACGGAACCCAAAUUAAAUAAAAACAAAAACAAACUGAUUAACAUGUGUUAAAUUGAAUGGAGUAAUUUUCUUGUUACUGUAAAAGCAAUUAAAGAAGAGGCAAUGGAUGGGCAAUCUUUGGAACACCAUUGAAUUUUUAAAAUGUCUUGUUGAACUUUAUAAGAUAGCAGGAUUUUUAACAAACAUUGUUACUUAUGAAAAAAAAAUGUUUUCACUUAUAUGCAGAAUUACAUUCAUUGCAUGGCUUUGUUAUUAAAGCAGUUUAUUUGUCCAGGUGUAUUAUUCUAUGGCUUAUUUAUUCAUAUAGUCGCUGUUUAAAUUUAUUUUUCUUUCAUCUGUCAUACUUUGGGAAAAAAUAAACUACUAUAAAAGGUA